AUGGCUCCUUUUCCCUCCCCAACCUCAACCUGGCACACGAAAACACACCAAUCCAUCUCUCCCACCCGUCCCGAGCUUUCUGUCAGAGGCAAGACUGUGAUAGUAACAGGAGGAGGCACAGGCAUCGGUGCAGAGACCGCUCGCUACUUCGCCGCAGCAGGCGCGUCUCGCAUCGCCCUCCUCGGCCGGAGGGAACAGCCCCUUCUCGACACCAAAGACUCCAUCGAGCAUAAGUUCCCCGAAGUCGAGGUAUUCGUGUCUUCCACCGAUGUCACGAAGAAGAGUGAAGUCGACGCGGCUUUCUCAAAGUUUCUCGGCGACGGAAAAAUCCAUGUUCUGGUCAGCAAUGCGGCCAUAAUUGGGCCCCAGGAUCCCGUGAGGAAUGUGGACGGCGACAAGUUUCUCGAAGCCAUUCAGCAGAAUCUUAAAGGAUCAUUGCUCAUUGCACAGGCGUUCCUUCGCUACGCCACGACGGAUGCAGUCGUCAUUGAGGUUUCUUCCUCUGCUGCGCAUCUGAACUUUGCUGCGGAGUUUGCGUCAUAUAGCAUUGCUAAGAUGGCGGUAUUUCGGCUUUGGGAUUCCGUCGCCUUUGCGAACCCGGAAAUAAGCGUUUUUCAUGUUCAGCCUGGUGUGGUGGACACUGACAUGAAUAAGGAAGCCGGGGGAGUCGAUGCGGUCGGCUUUGCGGAUGACGUUUCUCUACCUGCGAGCUUCAAUGUUUGGCUUGCAAGCCCCGAAGCGAGGUUCUUGAAGGGCAAGUUUCUGUGGGCAAACUGGGAUGUCGAUGAACUCAAGGUCCAGGCCAAAGAGAUUGAAGCCAGUGCGCAGCUUAGUAUCGGGCUUGUUGGAUGGCCGUUUCAGAAUGCCGGUUGGAAGACCAUUUGGAAGUCUCGGGUUAAUGGUGAUGCUUAG